AUGGCGGCUCUCAUCGGAUCUUUCGGUAUCAGGAAUGAGAAGUUGAGCGUUGAAGAAAAAGAAGCAACCAACUUGCCUUUGCUGGAAACUGCGCACGCAUUGAGCAACGAUCAACCACCACCACCCGACCCGCCUACCAUCAACAAUCCAAACACCGAUGAGCCGAAAGUUUCAUCACAAGAAGAGGGACCCACGGUGAAAAAGGUGAUUGAAGUAAACGAUGUGCCCGUUUACCUUCCAAACCAUCUCCUCAUGGAUGACUGCAAUCACUUCAAAUGCGUGAUUUACGAGCGUAUCGGAUUUGACGACCUCGUUGGUGGAACCUAUUUGGCUACGGUUCAUGACAAGGAAUUGGUGCUUCGCGUUGAAAAGACUCCGGCCCGAAUUGUCACUCAGGAAUUUGAGUUCCUCAAAAAGAUUGAGGCAACUGGCGAAUGGCUUCACUUUUCCCAGCUUCACAGCGCCUGGCAAGCCGACGGAUACGCAUUUUACAUGGUCUACCACAGAGGUGGCCCAAGUUUCCGAGAAGUGCGCGACUUCAUGAAAAACCGUACUUUCUCACAUGGAUCUGCCGGUCGACUUAUGCGUGACAUUUUCAAGUGCAUCCAUUUGGUUCACAAGCAAAACAUGCUGGUUCGUUGCAUGGACUCGGAGAUGUUCCAUUUUGAUGCGGCUAGCCGAAAUCUCUUCAUGAGCAACCUCUCGACCCUUCGCGCCGAUGCGGGCAAAAAGGAAUGGGAUGUACCCGUGCUUUGGGCUGGUGGUCUGCACUAUGCACCUUUGCAGAAAGACAACAUACAUGCUCGUGAUGACAUUGAGGCAUGGCUUUACCUAUUCAUCGAGCUGGUUCGUGGCGAGUUGCCCUGGAGUGGAAAACGCACUGACGAGAUUCAGGAGAUCAAAGCUUCGUAUUCGCGUGAUGUCUCCCUUGUCAAGGGACUUCCUUUUGUCUACACCGAGUUGUACCAGCUUGUGAUGGCUCUUCCAAAUAAUUCGCCUUAUGUACCCGAGGUGUGCUACACUGAGAUCGAGGAUUUUUGCACUCGAAUCGCCGAGCAAGUUGGUGGUGUCAAGAGCCUCGACGACAAUCUCGACUUUGAGCGUGAUCCCAAUGAAAGCGAGCUUCCAAGAUUUAUCAUGGAGAAAAUCGCUCAAGAAGCCCCAAAACUUGAC